AUGGCCCAGGCUGCACGGAAGGCGGCCCGUGUCGCGUCGACGUCUGUGCUCUACAAUCCACAGACAUACACUCCCAAUGUAGCCUUGAAACUCGGUCCAACCCAUAAUUCAAGACUACGGGCACACUAUGACACGACCGUCGCGGAGAAUCUCAUGUACAUGCACUACCAACAUCACGACGCAUCGUAUACGCCUCCACAACCACAUCGAAAGAAGUUGCAUCCAGGUGCAGAAGAUGGAAGCAAUCCAUAUGCUGCAAACAGACCACCCCCACGACCCAGAGGGAACAAGGUGCCCAGACCGCUGGCGACAAAUGUCGGGUUCAUGCCACGUCCACACGUGCAGACUUCUUCUAGUGUAGAGGAAGGGAGUAAAGACACGGAAUUGGCAAACGCUGCAAAGCGAUUAGCGCGGACAGUCACCCACCUCAAAGCAAUCCAGCUUCACAUCAUGUCCAAAGACAGUCUCACCAACAAGGCUAGUCUGAUCACAAACAUGUUCCAACUCCGUGUCCUCUCGGGAGCGACAAAGGGAGAAGGAGGUCACACGACAAACAAGGGCGUCGAACUCAUUCGCGGGAGAAAAAACUUGCAGCAGUGGAAAUUGCGAAGGGGUACACCGUGUGGUGUCAAAGUGACGCUCAAGGGGGACAAGAUGUACGACUUUUUGGGGACACUCAUCGAGUUUGUUCUCCCCCGUUUGCGAGAGUGGGGAGGCGUCGUCAUGCCAGUGCCUAGUGCGAACCGCGAUAGUCCAAGUAUGACGAGCGGCGUCGUCAGCUUUGGUCUCUCCAAAGAAGCCGUCGAGCUGUUCCCGCAGAUCGAAGUCAACCUCGACUUGUAUCCUCGUGUCAGCGGCAUGCAUAUUCAUUUCAUGUCCAACGAGCGCGGUAGAGGAGCCCAGAACAAGACUCGCGCACUUCUCUCAGGUUUCCAGAUUCCUUUCACUAGGCGGUGA